GUGUUGGGGUUACCCCGAUACUGUAGCGCCUCGGGAAUGUUUGCGGUCUGCGGAGGCCCGCACGGCCUGUUUCCACACCACCAUGCGAUUGCGCGCCGCUGCAGCGCGUGAGGGCCAGCUCUAACACUGUCUUGGCGAUGAUUGCUGGCCGUCUUGACUGCCCGUACAUAGUCCACUGUUGUAACAGGCAUGUACGGACUGGAUUGGACUUUUUUUUUGAUAACUUCCGCGUUACCAUGUGGGGUAAAGUUUUCGUGUUGUGUGUGGCGGUGGUAAGCGCCGCUGCAAGCCGCUUGCCCAAUGCCGAUGAGUUAGAGCUGCUUCUUAAAUCUAGUGAAUUUGGUUUAAGACAUUCUGAUAAUAUCCUUGAAGAUGCUCGUUUGGAUGUGCCCGGACUUAUUGAAAAAUAUGGAUAUCCCUUGGAAAUCCAUACAGUCACGACUAGCGAUGGCUACAUCCUGAAUAUGCAUCGUAUUCCGCACGGUCGGGAUCGGAACACGGACCCUAGUGUUAAGAAGCCGGUUGUUUUCUUGAUGCAUGGGCUGCUUUCAUCUUCGGCUGAUUGGGUAUUGAUGGGACCUGGCACUGCCUUUGGUUACCUUUUGGCUGAAGCCGGUUACGAUGUCUGGAUGGGCAACGCCCGUGGAAACACAUAUUCGCGCCGGCAUAUUAGGCUUCGCCCCGAUGCCAUAUUCAACACGGAUUUCUGGGAUUUCUCUUGGGAUGAAAUUGGAAACAUUGACUGCCCUGCCAUGAUCGACUACAUACUAGCACUCACUGGCAACGACAGACUUCACUACAUUGGCCACUCCCAAGGAACUACUUCUUUCUUCGUUAUGGGUUCUCUUCGGCCAGAUUACAACGAUAAGAUCAUAUCCAUGCACGCCUUAGCACCGUCUGCGUAUUUCGCCAACAGCCAAAAUCUCUUAUUGAGAGCGAUUGCUCAAUUUACCAAUCCACUAGAUAGUCUGGCUCGUAUUAUCGGUUUGGGUGAAUUCAUGCCCAAUAAUGUCAUUAUGGCAUGGGCUGGUCAGGCCCUGUGCAUGGAUGAAGUGAUUUUCCAACCGAUUUGCUCCAACAUUUUGUUCCUAUUGGGUGGGUGGAAUAAUGAAGCCCAGCAUAAUGCGACAAUGUUUCCAGUGAAGCUAGCCCACACUCCUGCGGGAGCUUCUACGAGGCAGUUAGUACAUUACGGUCAAAGUGUGAAAGACAAAACGUUCAAGCGUUUUGACCACGGUUCGUUAAAAAAUAGGAGACUUUACGGCAGCUACAGAGCACCUGCGUACAAUCUUCGAAGAAUUACAGCCCCGGUCUUUAUUCACUACUCUACCUCGGACCCGUUGGCACAUGUUAACGAUGUUCAAAGACUGUUUAAUGAACUUGGCAGACCCGUAGGCAUCUUCCGGAUUCCUGAUCCCAAUUUCAGCCAUCUUGACUUUAUUUGGGGAAUAGAUGCCAAAACUCAUGUAUAUGACCGAGUUAUAAAUUUGCUACAAUCCAUGGAUAUACACGGUUAACGACAAGCUUCCGGGCGAUUUUACAAUCGUUUAGGAAAACGACGGUGAAUUCAAAAUCUUUUUGAGUGGUCAAGGUUCCACCUUUUAGAGUUUACCGUUAUUUUCUUCUAGGUUAACUUUCAUGUUGAAGGUUGAUGAUUCGCCAAUUCCAGAGAUGUGUUGGAUUUAAUAAAUACUUAUUGUUGAUUUACAA